UCCUGCCAGCGCGGAGGCUCUUUUGACCAGGAAGGGAAGCGGAAUUAAAACCAGCAAAUGUCUCCCCCAUGUCGAGGCCUGCAGUGAGAACUCCCCCUCUGCCCGCUGCAAAGGAGCCGGCCGGAACACAAAGACGGGUCCUGAGCAUGAAUUGGAACUGAGGGAGCUUCACGUCUGGCGGCUGACCCCUUCUGACCAAGAUGGCCAGUCCCACCAAGUUCUACGAGAGGAUCACCGGCGACUGCCUGAAGGACUUCCAGUACCUCAGCAGAGGGGCCUUUGGGGAGAUCUACCGGGCUCGGCACCGAGACUGGGGGAUCGAUGUUGCGGUGAAGAUUCUCAACCGGGAUGCUUCCUGCACCCGAGAGGAACUCCUGAACGAAGCCCGUGCCAUGGACGAGGCGCGCUUCACCUACAUCCUCCGCCUCUUCGGCCUCUUCGUGGACGAAGUGGAGACGGACGCCAAGGUGGCAGGCUUGGGAGAUGCUGCCCCCAGGCUGGGCCUUGUGAUGGAGUUCAUGGAGAAUGGCAGCCUGUCCACCUUACGGGAUCGGGUACCGUCCGUGCCUUGGGCCUUGCGACUUCGCAUCCUCCACCAGGUGGCGCUGGGGAUGAAUUUCCUGCACAGCCUUAGUCCUCCGCUGUUACAUCUGGACCUCAAGCCUAGCAACGUCCUGCUGGAUGGGGAGCUACAUGUCAGGGUAGCUGAUUUUGGGUUGUCCAAAUUCAAACGCGGCACUACCCAGCGUACUGGUCUCAGCAGCGGGGAAGGGGAUGGAUAUGGCGGGACGCUGGAGUUCAUGCCUCCAGAGGCCUUCUCCCAUCGGGACAUCUAUUAUGGAAUCCUCACGUGGUCGUUGUCCACCGGCGAAGAGCCUUAUCCGCACUGCAGUCAUGAGACAGAGGAAAUCUACUCCUGUUACAAGCAGCAGAUUGUGGCGGCUGUGCGCUUAGUCCAAGAUAUUUUGAUGCAGAUGGACAGUUCUCCACCAAGGGGAACUCGACUUGACUCCAGUCUGACAUCUGAGGAAAGCACUUCCAACAGUUUAAAACGCAAAAGUGUACGUUCCCUGGCAUCGCAAUCCAUUGGACUAGAGGACCAUUUUGAGACUAUGCACUUGCAGGAAUCCCCGUCCAUACAAAACACGGCCUCACCUACUGGAAGUGGUCUGAAGACGAGCCAAGCGUCCAAAUCGUCCCCGCUCUUUCACCGGAGUUCUAGUAUGACUCCUAUGAGAGGAGAAGAAGGGCCUGGCGAUGAAACUCCUGGCUCAAGGGUGAAUAUGCGGUCUCAGCACAGACCCUCAGAAGGUAAGCCACGCCCCCUCUCCGACAUGUAUCCGUACAGGACAUUCCCGCCGUAUCACCCUGGAGUCUUUCCCUUUCAACAGGAAUGCAUCGAAGGCCUCUGUGCCCCAGAGCUGAGUGAGGAGGUUUGGUACCCUGAAGACAUGCAGUGCGUCUUCCUGGGAGCCCAAGGAUUGUUCUUGAACUCCCCCACCCAGGGGACAUCCGCAGACCUCACUCUUCUCCGCCCUGGCUCCACCUAA